AUGAACAAAACAAAACACUUUUCUGGUGUUGGUUUUACACUAUUGUUUUUGGUAUUUCCAGUGUGUGUAUUCAGCCUCUGUGUGUUUCGUGAGACGAGCGAAGUGCUCUUCAACAUAUGUGAAUGGAGCAGUUGGGAGAACUGGAACUGUACAUCGUGCUGCCGAAAUGCACCGAUUGUCAGACACAGGGGAAUAUGCUGUGAUGAACAUGAUACGACUGAAGAUUGCUUGAGUAAAUGUAACGCCACUGAACAUGACGGGAAAAACUUUGCAAAUUGUUCAACGGUAUGUCCAAUAGAAGCCAAACAGGCGUGUCAAACAACACAACUGUCCAUUCCGACAACACCGCCGUCUAUUUCAACAGCGCAGCCGUCCAUUCCAACAACGCUGCCAUCUAAUCCAGCAACGCAACCGUCCAUUCUAACAACGCUGUCGUCUAAUAUAGCAACGCAACCGUUCACUCACAAGAGGACACCACUUAAUGAAAAUAAUAAUUAUGCAGAUGCACUUUUUUCUAACUGGACGUGCUAUCACCCUGAAGAUCGUAACGAAUGUUCAUUCUCAAGAUGGACGUUAUGGAGUCACCCCGUGACAGGAAUGUCCGUGUGCACGUUGCUGCAGCUUUUGGUGGUGCUUCUCGUUCUGUUGGCGCUGUACAGCAUUAGUAUCACCGUGUAUUUUGUAUAUGUCAAGAAAAAAAAGGAUGUGUUCCCGUCUUGCCGUUGGCCUACUUUUGGAAAAAAGGUCCGCACUACAAAGUAAGAUUCAGAGCCAAAACUGUUCCUGGACAGUAGUCA